AUGGAUACUUACGUGUCGGAACAAGAAAUUACUUACGAAUUAAUAAGAAAGAUCGGGAUAAACUUAAAGAAGCAAGGAAAAUCACGUAUUACGAAAGGCUAUGUACAAGCUAGAAUUGAUACAUUGAACGAGUAUUGGCAGAAAUUUCAAACAAACCAUUUCCAAAUCUUGAAAUAUGCAACUACGGCUCAGAAAAAGGAGCAUAAUUACUUCACAACCGACUUGUACUCCAAUGGAGAAGAAGAGUAUUUUGUGAUUAAAGGAGAGUUAUCGGAUACUAUCGAGCUAUUCAACAAAUCCGAAACUUUGAGUGAGCAACCGCAAUCGCAACCGCAAUACAAGUCAACGUCGGAAGUAAACAAGCAUUCUACGCAAGAGGUGAAGCUUCCAAAAGUGAUCCUGCCCCAAUUCUCUGGAGAUUAUCAAGAAUGGACGUCAUUUAGAGACCUGUACACGUCGCUCGUUCAUAAUAAAACAUCGCUGAGCAAGGUACAAAAACUUCAUUACCUGAAAUCAAGUGUCACCGGUGAAGCUGAACAAUUAUUGAAGCAUCUGCAAAUAACCGAGAAAAACUAUGAUGUUGCAUGGGAAACUUUAGACAAGAGGUACAACAACAAACGCAUGAUAGUAAAUACCAUCUUGAAUAGAUUUAUGAAUCAAAAGAAAGUGUACAACGGCACAUCUAGAUCUAUCAGAGAGCUACUCGAUACUACCCAAGAAUGCCUGAACAGCCUUAAAAACAACGACGUAAAGAUUAACGAGUGGGAUACUAUCGUGAUUCACAUUAUACUCAACAAAUUGGAUGACGAGACGCGCAAACAGUGGGAAGAGGAGAUAAAAGCGCUACCUGUACAAGAGUUGCCGAAACUAGAGAAGUUUACAACCUUCUUAGAGACACGUUUCAGAGUGUUAGAAAUGGUUCCAUCUACAACCUAUUCGAAGGACAGAGAGAGAGCUAUCGUGAGACAGAGAUCCUUUCUAACAAGCCCCGCUACAACUACAAUACAGUGUUCCUACUGCAAACAAAACCACUUCACCUAUCUAUGCAAAGAAUUUGCAAACCUAGAUGUCAACAACAGAGUUCAACAUGUCCAAAAGGAAAGACUUUGCUUUAACUGCAUGUCAUCAAAACAUAAUGUGAAAAAUUGUAAAUCCAGAGUAUCUUGUCAUCAUUGCCAAAAAAGACAUCAUUCUUUACUUCAUUUUGAAAACCAACCAACUGAGAAGAGAGAAAAUCCAAUACAAUCUACAUCGAGAGAAACCGCUACAAAUUUGAGAGAAGAGACUACUACAAAACCUUCAGAUACGCCAAAAAUAAGAAACUACCUUAUCACUCAGAGUCAUACUGCGCUCAUGGCUACCGCACUAGUAAACAUUAAGACUGGCCAUGGUAUACAAGUUCUACGAGCACUCAUUGAUCCCUGUUCACAAGAAUCAUUUAUAAGUGAAGCAACUGUCAAACAAUUACAGCUGCGAAGAAAACCAGCUGAUGGAUUAGUUACCGGAGUGGGUCAUAUGUCAACAAGAAUCAAGUCCGCUACAGAUAUAGAAGUUUACUCAAGGUUCAAUGACAACUUCAAAGUCAACUGCACAGCCUACAUUGUUCAAGAUGUCACCGACAUUAUGCCUGAAGUCCCAAUCAGUCCACAGAAAUGGAGUCAUCUGCAAUACUUGUCACUUGCAGACCCAACUUACCAUACACCAAGCAACAUUGAUCUACUACUUGGAGUUCACAUCUACACAGACAUUUUGAUGUACGGAGUGAUUAAAGGAGAACCAGGUACUCCCAUAGCACAACAAACUCGCUUGGGAUACAUCCUGUCAGGAGGUCAGUUGAACAACAACCACAUGAGAGAGUUCAAAAGCAUGCAUCUGAACAUAACAUUAGAGAAGAUGGUAGAAAAAUUUUGGGAGACAGAGAGAUUAGAGUCAGAGGAAAACGACACUCUCACCCCACAAGAACUUCGAGCUGAGAACAUUUAUCAAGAUACAGUAGCAAGAGAUACAAACGGAAGAUACAUCGUAUCACUUCCAUUCAAGUGUGACAAACCUACUUUACCAGAGAAUUCUAGAGAAAUCGCACUGAGAAGAUUCAUGAGCACUGAGAGAAGAUUAGAAGCAAACACAAAAUUGAGAGAAUCCUACAAUGAAGUCAUGAGAGAGUACAUAAUGUUACAACAUAUGGAAUUAGUUGAACGAGAUGAACCUAUGAGAGAGCCAGACAGAAGAGUAUACCUGUCACAUCAUCCUGUGAUCCGUGAAGACAGAGACACUACUAAGCUUCGGGUAGUUUAUGACGCUUCAUGCAGAGGAGCCAACGGAGUAAGCCUCAACUCAGAACUGCUAAUUGGUCCGUCACUUCUGGGAGAUCUUCGAGACAUUCUUAUGAGAUGGAGAACGCAUAAAGUCUGCUUUGUCGCCGAUGUCAUCAAAAUGUACCGGCAGAUCCUUGUAAGAAGAGAAGACACAGACUUUCAGAGAAUACUUUGGAGAUUCAGCCCUGAUGAAGACAUAAGAGAGUAUAGAAUGCUAACUGUAACCUUCGGAACAGCAUGUGCACCAUUCUUAGCAAUCAAAACCCUGAGACAGAUAGCAAUCGAUGAGGCAAACACAGAAGAUUAUGCACAAGCUCGAGAAAUCAUCAACCAUUCUUUCUACAUGGAUGAUGUACUGUCAGGGGGAAAUACAAUAGAAACCGCAGUAGAGGCUAAACGUCAACUGACAGAAGUACUAAGAAGAGGAGGCUUCGAGUUACAAAAAUGGUCUUCAAACAGCAAAGAAUUCAUAAACACAGUAGAACCAGAGAAGAGAGCGAAGAAUUCUGAGAUAGACAUCAACAAAAAAGAGACAAUCAAAACAUUAGGAAUCACUUGGAACUCAAACGAAGAUACCCUCUUAGUAACAAACAAAAUCAACACUUUAUCUGAGCAGCGAGUAACAAAGAGAAACGUCUUAACAGUCAUCGCUUCCCUGUUUGAUCCAAUGGGUUGGCUAGCACCAUCUGUAGCCAUGGCGAAAAUAUUUCUACAGAAGACCUGGUCAAGAGAAUUAUCAUGGGACACAGAGUUACCUGAAGACUUGAAGACAGAGUGGAAGACUUUCUGCAGAGGCAUAGAGCACCUGUCAGACGUGAAGCUUGAGAGAUGGAUCGGAACGACCAACAACAGCGAGUUAGUAGAACUGCAUGGCUUUGCUGAUGCAUCAAUGUCAGCCUACGCAGCAGUAGUCUACAGCAAAGUAAUCCAACCAGACGGAGAAGUCAAAAUAUCACUCAUCAUGGCAAAAACAAAAAUCUCACCGUUGAAAAAACAACUCACUUUGCCCCGUCUUGAACUGAGUGCAGCACUGCUACUGAGCCAACUACUGAAACACGUCGCUACAGCUAUGAGAAUCGAGCACAACCAUACAUACGCUUAUUCAGAUUCAAAAGUAACCUUAGCCUGGAUUCUCGGAGACCCGCUGAAGUGGACAACAUUUGUGAAAAACCGAGUCAUUGCAAUCAACAACAACAUAGAUACAACAUGGUCGUACGUGAACACAAAAGAAAACCCUGCAGAUCCAGCAUCGAGAGGAGUCACACCUGAGAAAUUAAAAGAACAUACACUAUGGUUUCAAGGCCCAACAUUUUUACAUCAAAGAGAAUGGAGAAGAGAACACUAUGAAGUAGAAGAUACAGAUCUAGAAACAAGAAAAUCUAUCAAAUGCGCAACUACUACCUUGUCAGAGAAGACUCAGAAGACAGAACAUUUCAUACUUACAAUUUCAAAGAGAUAUUCAUCAUUGAGAAAACUCAUCUCAGUCAUAGCCUACUGUAGAAGAUGGCUUAUCUUAAAAAACAAACAUGUAAAAGAAAACUUACCUCAAUAUGUAACUCAUGAUGAGCGAGAAGAAGCACUUACAACAUGUAUCAAGCUUUCUCAACAACUAGAAUUUCCACAAGAAAUCGAAGCUCUGAGAAAUCACACAACAUUGAAGAAAAGAAGUCGUUUACUGUCAUUUACGCCCUUUCUCGAUGACAAACAAAUCCUGAGAGUUGGAGGAAGAUUGAAACAUGCAGAUUUAGAGUUCCUGAGCAAACAUCCAAUUAUCCUGUCCAAGAACAACGUACUGAUACCACUUUUACUUAACGACGCACACAAGAAGACGUUGCAUGGAGGCCCUCAACUGAUGACUACAUAUCUUAGAGGAAGAUACUGGCUGAUUGACGCAGGAAACACUAUAAAAACAUACGUGAGAAAUUGCUUUCCUUGUGCUAAACAAAAAGCAAAGACAGUAACUCAACUGAUGGGUGACUUACCUGAGAUACGAGUGAAGCCGUCAAGAGCGUUCCUUACAACUGGUGUAGAUUUCGCAGGUCCAGUAAACGUGCGCAUGAGCCCUGGACGAGGAACAAAGACUUUCAAAGCAUAUAUAAGCAUCUUCAUCUGCAUGGUAACUAAAGCAAUACAUAUAGAAUGUGUGAGCAACAUGUCUAUGGAAGCGUUCAUGGCAGCAUUUAGAAGAUUUACAUCACGAAGAGGAUUCGUCAAGGAGAUGUGGAGUGACCACGGGACUAACUUCAUUUCCUCGAGCAAAGAAAUACUGGAGACUUGGAGACUUGGCAAGUCAACAAUCCCUGUUGAACUAGCAGCCCUACUAGAUACAGAAGGCACCAAGUGGAAGUUCAUCCCUCCUGGAUCACCAAACCAUGGCGGAUUGUGGGAGGCCGGAGUCAAGAGUAUCAAGUUUCAUCUUAAGAGAACUCUCGGAGACGCUACACCUACCUUCGAAGAAUUUACAACUCUUUUGAACCAGGUCGAGGCUUGUCUGAACUCAAGACCUUUAUCACCACUGAGCGAUCAUCCUGAUGACCUAGAGCCGCUGACACCAGCACAUUUUCUUGUUGGAGAACCGUUAGUCACCAUCCCGGAGAGAGAUUUAACACAACAUAAGACAAAUUCAUUAUCAAGAUGGCAAAACAUUCAGAAAAUGCUACAAAUAUUUUGGAGAAAAUGGCAAACUGAAUUUCUAACAAGAUUACAAGAGAGACCGAAGUGGAAAAUCAGAAAACAAGAGUUUAACGUCGGAGACCUCAUACUAAUUAAGGAUCAUAGAUUACCUCCUAGUAAAUGGCUACUAGGUAGAGUUGUACAGAAACACCCUGGACAAGACAACGUGACACGAGUCUACGAAGUCCGCACAGCAACUGGAGUGCUAACCCGCUCGAUUUCGAAGCUCUGUCCACUACCAGAUGUGAGAAGAAAGGAUUCUGCUAUUCUUUAG